AUACGGAGGCGGAUUCGCUUUAGCUCUUUUCAAAGGUGAACUCUAACGACGGUGUACAUGUAAGCGCUUCGUAUAAAACCAGCUAUAGAGCAAGGACACGCGGCAGUUCGACCGAUAGGAACACGAAAGUCAACAUGAUCCGAGCCUGCAUUUUUCUUGCUCUCGCCGGCAAUGCGCUGGCUGGUUACAUCGGCCACGGUUAUGGUCUCGGCUACGGCAUCAGCCAUUUCGGCGUCCAACAUGGGAUUGGCUACUCCGGCCUGACAGGCUUCGCCCACAGCAUCGGGUACGCCCCAGUUGUGGCAUCUGGCUACGCGCUCAUUCCAACGUACACUGCUGCCGUUCCUGUGGCCACCUACGCCGCUCCUCAUGUAGUGGCUGCGGCGCCGGCCGUAGCCCACGUCGCUACGGUCCACGCCGCUCCAGCUGCCGUUGCCACUGUGGCCGCUGCCCCAAUCGUAGCCGCCGCUCCAGCGGCAGUGACCAAGGUGGCGGCGACAUUCCACGCCGUACCACACGUGGCAGCUGUUGCCGCCCCAGCGCCGGUUGUUGCGGCCGCUCCUGCUGUGGCAACCACCACCGUCCACCACGCUGCCCAUGCUGUCGCCACCAUCGCACAAGGAGCGCCAACUUACGGCUAUGGUAUCGGAGGCCUCGGCUACGGUGCUGGAAACUUCGGAUACGGUCACGGACUCGGUGUGUAUGGUCUCAACUACGGCUAUGGCCUUGGCACGAACCUGGACUACAACGCCCUCGUCAGGAGGAAGAAGUUCGAGAGUACAAAUGUGCAGCUAUCUCCCGUCUAUGGGCACAACGUUGGCGGCCUCGGAUACGGCACCGGAAACUACGGCUUCGGAUACGGCCUAGGAUCAUACGGCCUCAACUACGGCUAUGGUCUCGGUACACCUGUGCAAUAUCUGAUCCUCCUUCCGCCGUCGGAAGUGUGA